AUGACCGCCAACAUCCCAGAGAUCAUCCUGCUUUGCCAGGACGCAGACUUCAUCACCGCCUUCCACACAGCGCAGCAGGAGCACUGGCCCGAGCUACCGUCCAAGCUCACGAUCACUCCGAUCAACUCGCGCCUAAAAAGCCUCGACCCCUCAGUAACCUUCGACCUGGUCGUCUCACCCGCAAACUCCUAUGGCCGUCUAGACGGAGCCUUCGACGACGCCAUCUCAUUAGCGUUUAGUCCUCGCGAUGACUAUGGAGCCUUGACGCGCGCCGUGCAGACGGAGCUGUAUGAGAAAUGGCGAGGAUUCGCGCCGCCAAGCACAUGCACGCUUGUACGGUUCCCUGCGCCACUGGAGCAGAAUCCCCGGGGCUGUACCUGGGUAGCUAUCUGCCCUACUAUGCGAGAGCCGACGAAUGUCGUCUGGGACCGGGAGGUUGUCUACGAGAGUAUCUGGAGUCUGCUGUGUCAGGUUGAGGGCCAUAACCGAGUUUCGGGCGAAAAGAUCAAUAGCCUUUUGAUGCCGCCCCUGGCUGCUGGUGUAGGGAGGGUUAGUAAGGAGCGGUGGUCGGCGCAGACGGUGCUUGCCAUGAAACAUUUUGUGGACGCGGUUGAAAAACCGGAGCGGUGGGGUCGGAUGCAGUGGGGUGAGAUCAUGCAUGAUUGUGAUGAAGUUGCGACGACGUGGAAGACGAAGGAGUAGAGCAUAUAAAGUUGCUCCGGGUUUCCUGGUUUCGUAGUCUUAGGUCUGCCGCUGGAAUGGGUUGACAUGAUUUCUUCAGUGGAGCGAAGAGGAGCGCUCCACAUGAAGCGACCUAUUACAACUUACUGAGACUAUAGACAAGAAGACAUCUACCAUUUCCACAGCUGUGGAAGCCCCCAAAUAUGCGCAUGCCGGCGGGGGAGAAGCC